UAGCAAGGAAUGGAAUUUUAUAAACCGAAAGAAACACACCCUCACUCUCUUCUCUACUCUACUCUACUCUCUACUAGGAUUCGUCUUCAACCGAACAUGGCGACGCCCUCACACGCUCGAGCUGUCAAAUCUCUCAACCAAUCCCCUCACACUCACAAUCGUUUUCUCUUUCGCUCAUUCUCUGAGAGAAUACAUGAUAUUCAAAUCGAUGUGUAUACAAAUCUUCAACCGAUCAAAGCUCAGCCUAUGGAAGGUUCUUUUUUCAGAGACAGCCUAAUAUAUUGGAGGGAAUUGAAUACUGCACACGAUUUUAUCUCAUUGUAUGAUGAACUCAUGCCUUGUACACAAACACAUUACCUCGUGCUCUUGCAGAAGGAAUUAUUAAUCUCAAACCUACUCUCUAGGUUGCACAUCAAAGCAAGGCUGUCCCUUGAACCGCUUCUCAUGUUAAUUGCAGAAUUAUCUAGAGAUCUUCUAGAGGAGUUUAUUCCGCUAUUUCCAAGAAUUGUUGAUUCUUUAGUAUCUCUGUUAGAAAGUGGAGCUGAUAGGGAGCCAGAUAUAAUCGAGCAGAUCUUCACGUCAUGGUCAUAUGUUAUGAUGUAUCUGAAGAAAUAUCUAGAACACAACCCAUUACAAGUGCUUAAGGCCACACCAAAAUUGAGGUAUUAUCCAAAGGAAUAUGUUCAACAAUUCAUGGCAGAGGCUGUGUCAUUUGUUUUGAGAAUGGCCCCAUAUGAGCAACUCAAAAUAGGAAUUAGAAGCCUCAUUGCUGAGGCUGUGAAGGAGCCGUCACAAUGCCGAAAGUCUGGUGUUGAAUUAUUGCUUUAUAAUAUCAUGAAAGGUUACUCAUCAAGGCUCCAUUCGAAAGCAGAGCGAGUGUUACAGUUAUUGACAAGCGAAACAAUUUAUACCAUUGCUGAUAGAGCCGACCAAGAGUCAAAAACCAUUUUGAACAUCAUAAAAGCCGUGUUUGAGAAAUUAUGCGAGACAGUAGAGCCCAAAGAUUUGAAUUUGGUAUGGAGUUGCUUAUAUAAGGAAGUGCAUGACUGUGUUAGUACUGGAAACAUCAGGCAUUUAAGACGCAUUUUAUCGCUGCUUGUCUCAGCUGUAGAGGUGCAAAAAGGGCAAACGGUGUCUGAUUAUAAGCCUAUGCUUGAACUCGUCCUCUUGCUUGUGCGCUCAUAUAUCACACCUUUUGGUGUUGCCAAGUCACAAGAAGAUACAUGCUUAGUUGUUGAUGAAGUUUUGAUAUUAAUGUUGGCUACUCUCGACGGACUCUGUAGUUACAGCAAAUCAAUGAUAUCUGAGUGUGCUUCUCAGUGGGCUCCAAUUUUUAAAUCACGAAGCUCGAGUUUGCUACAUUUCAUUGAAAAACUGCUAGAGAAGGAUUUCUGUUUACUUGCUUUCAAAAGUAAUGUUAUAAGUGCAAUAAAUGAGUUAAUGGAGGUUUCUGAGGAGGAAGUCAUACACCUAUUGCAGUCCUUCUGUGAGAAAAUACAAUUGGAUAUACGAGACUCGGAUUUUGUAGACGGAGAAAGUGCAGAAGCAUUAGUUAGGAUAUGCAAUCAUUUGCAAGGGACUAUCCGUUCUUGGAUUGAAAAAAUAAAUGAUAUUGCACUUUCUGAUGUUUCUUGUGAAAUUGAUGAAAGAAAGGUGGCACUGCUGUGGGGAGUUGUGAACUGCUAUUCUCAUAUGUCUAUUGUUGAUGCCGUUCCAUCUUUGUUGGUGCAUCUUAUGGAUGCGAUAGAUCAGCUUCUAGCCGUUAAUGCUGUCCGUAUUGCAGACACGUCUAAAAAAUCAUGGGAAAGUAUUAUAGCUAUUUCACUAAGUUCUUACAAGAGAUUAUGCAAUGCUAGUAACCUCAGAGCUGAUGAAAUCAAAAAGUUCUUAUUUUUUGCAAAACGAUACAAGUCAUCUAAACAUGUGUUGUCGGCUGUUGCUGGUUAUUUGGAAAGCAAGUAUGGUUCUUCUUUGGAAGACAUUGGGUGUAGAAUGUACCAUCCAGAACUUGAAGAAAUGACUGCAGAGGAAGUGCCAUCAUUUGGUGAUAAUUUGUGCCACUCAGACAAGGAGGUUCGCAUUUCAACUCUUAAAAUACUCUGUCACUACAAGUCUUUAGGUGAGGAAAAUUCUUCAAUGGAUCAGUCAGCUGCGAAAAAAGGGAAAAUCAAAGCUUUGAUGGAUCAGUCAGCUGUGAAGAAAAGGAAAAUCGAAGCUUCCCCAACUUCCUUUGUUGAUAACACUGGAAAUAAUCCUCUCCCGGUUCUACUGUCUAUUGAAACAACUCCAGUUUCAUCUUCUACAAGCCGAAGUAUCACACUGUUGAUUUCUAAGAUACAGAUGGACCUAUCUGCUGGAAGGAUUACAAAUGUUUAUGCACCUCUUGUUUUGAGAGGGUUAUUUGGCAUCUUGAAUAUCCAAUUAAGUGAUAUCUGGAAUCCUGUAUUAGAGUGCCUUUCGGUCUUGGUUAGCCUGCAUUUUUCACUUGUGUCGGAUGCCUUUGUCGAUUAUCUGGAAAGAUGUCUAGCAAUUAGGGAAACCUCUAACAAUGCCAAUGGUGUUGCUGGUUUACUACUGCAAGCUUUACAAAAAAUUCCAACUGUUGUUGAAUCUGGCUCUCGGCAAUUCAUUCCUCUUUUUUUGAAGUUCUUAGGAUACAACACUCUUGAUCUUGCAAGUGUGGGAUUGAUUGAUUCUCUUGCUUGUAACGGAAAGGAGUGGAAGCUGAUCUUGAAGGAAUGGCUAAACUUGUUGAAACUUAUGAAAAAUCCCAAGUCAAUAUACUUGAGCAAAUUUAUUAAGGAGGUUCUGCAGAAUAGGCUUAUUGAAGAAAACGAUCCUGAAAUACAGUUUAGAGUUCUGGAUUGCCUAUUAAUCUGGAAAGAUGAUUGCUUUUCACCAUAUACCGAGCAUCUGAGAAACUUGAUUAGUUCCAAAACUAUAAGGGAGGAACUAACUACAUGGAGUUUAUCCAAGGAAUCUAAAAUGAUUGAAGAAUGUCAUCGAGCUUAUCUUGUGCCCUUGGUUAUCCGUCUUUUGGUGCCAAAAGUAAGAAAGUUGAAAGGACUUUCAUCUCGAAAGAAUGCAAGUAUUUGUCAUCGCAAAGCUGUUCUGAGUUUCAUAGCUAAACUUGAUAUCACUGAGCUGCCUCAUUUCUUUGCAUUACUGAUAAAGCCGUUGCAAAUAGUAGAGAAAACUGACGGGGCAGCUAACUUGUUUUGGACUUUACCUAUAGAUUGCACUAAUGAAUUUCAAGCGUGUUCAUUGUUAGAGUAUUUUACUUUGGACAAUAUUGCAACCUUAUCCUGGAAUAAGAAAUAUGGCUUCUUGCGUGUCAUAGAAGAUGUUGUGGGAGUUUUUGAUGAAUUGCAUAUUAGACCUUUUCUUGAUUUGCUGGUGGGGUGUGUUGUUCGAGUGUUGGAGAGUUGCACAUCAAGUCUUGAAAAUAUAAAACUGAAUGGUCUUUCUUCAUACAAACACAAAUCUAGCUCCAGCUCAAACUCCUCUGAUGAGGAAAGUGUGGCAGAAAAUCAAACAUUGAUUGGCAAUUCUUUAAAUCAGCUCAAAGAUAUGAGAUCUCAGUGCCUGAAAAUUGUUUCCUUUGUUGUCAAUAAAUAUAAGGAUCAUGAAUUUGAUACUGACAUGUGGGACAGAUUCUUUUCCUCUGUUAAACCCCUGGUUGAUAAAUUCAAACAGGAGGCUGCCAGUAGUAAGAAACCAAGUUCACUGCUAUCUUGCUUUCUAGCCAUGAGUGCAAACCAUAAACGGGUAGCAAUAUUAUGCCGGGAACAAAGUCUCAUACCUGAUAUAUUUUCCAUUAUUUCCGUAAAUUCAGCUACUAAAGCUAUUGUAUACUGCGUUCUAAAGUUUGUCGAGAACUUGUUAAGCCUUGACAAUCAGUUGGAUUAUGAAGACAGUUCUGCCCAUAGAGUUUUACUUUCAAAUAUUGAAGUACUUAUGGACAGCAUUUGUUGUUUAUUUGAAAGUGAUAGUGCAUCCACGAGAAAAUUAAUCAAAUCUCCUAGGGAGACAUUGAUAAGAAUUUUCAAAUUUUUACCCAAGUACAUCAAGGAGCAAGAUAUGGCCAAGCGGUUUGUGGAAAUACUGCUUCCGUUUUUGGAAAUGAAAACACAAAGUUCUGAUGUUCGUAUUGAAGUCUUGCAAGUCAUUCAAAACAUCAUACCCAUAUUAGGAAAUGGAAGCACCACUAAAAUUUUGAGUGCUGUUUCUCCUUUAUAUAUUUCGACUGAGUCAGAUAUGCGUUUGAGGAUAUGUGAUCUUCUUGAUGUCCUUGUUGCAUCUGAUGCAUCUGUACUCUUGGUGGCUAAACUUCUUCGUCAGCUGAAUUCAACGUCUAGUUUGGGUUGGCUUGAUCAUGAUGUUAUUUUGGAUGCCUACAAAAACAUCAAUACCGAUUUCUUUAGUAAUGUUGAAGUGGAAUAUGCAUCACUUAUUUUAUCGCACUGUGUGCUUGACAUGUCCUCAGAAGAAACAACUUUUGUUUAUAAUGCUCAGAGUUCAUUGCUAUCUUUUAUUGAUUUUUCGGCACUCAUCCUUUUGCAAGAGGUAAGCAGUGAACCGGAGUUGUCUGUAAUGCCAAACACUCAUAGUUGUUGGACAAAAUCUUGCAUCCAGCGCACUACAAAGAAAUUUCUGUUGAAGCAUGUGGCAGAUGCCAUGGAUGGACCGCUUUCUGUUAGAAAGGGAUGGAUGAAGUUGUUAAGUCAAAUGGCUUUGAAGCUUCCAGAUGUGUCGAACCUUAAAUCACUCUCAGUUCUGUGCAAUGAGGACAGUAAAGCAAAUUUUUUUGACAAUAUAACCGAUUCAGUGAUCCAGAAGAGAGUGAAGGCAUUGUUGCUGUUUAGAAAUGUUAUCAGUACACACAAAUUAUCAGAGUUUAUCACCGAAAAAGUUUUCAUGCGACUCUUCUUCAACAUGUUGUUUGAUGAGAAAGAAGGAAAGGCUGACCAUAUGAAAACUGCAUGCAUAGAGACCAUUGCUUCUGUAGCUGGUCAGAUGGGAUGGAAGUCAUACUAUGCAUUAUUGAACAAAUGUUUUCAGGGAGCAUCCAGGAGUUCAGACAAACAUAAACUCUUUAUACGCCUCAUCUGUUCUAUUUUGGAUAAACUUCACUUUUCAGAACUUCCUCACACUGAAGAACCUAAGAAAUCAUUGGUUGGUGCUUCUGAUAUGGACACAGAUAUACAGACAUGCCUCUAUAAAGUUGUGCUUCCUAAGAUACAAAAGCUGAUGGAUUCUGAUUCAGAAAAGGUCAAUGUAAAUAUCAGUCUUGCUGCAUUGAAACUACUUAAGUUACUUCCAGGUGAUGUGAUGGACACAUAUCUUCCAACUAUCCUUCAUCGAAUUUCAAACUUCUUAAAGAGUCGUCUAGAAAGCAUUCGUGAUGAAGCCAGGUCUGCAUUGGUUACUUGUUUGAAAGAACUUGGAUUGGAAUACUUGCCGGUCAUUGUAAAGGUUUUGCGAUCUACCUUAAAGCGAGGAUAUGAACUUCAUGUCCUAGGAUACACACUGAAUUUUAUUUUGUCAAAGUGUCUUUCAAAUGCAGUUAGUGGAAAGAUAGAUGACUGUUUGGAGGAUCUCCUUUCUAUCAUAGAGAAUGACAUUUUUGGAGCUGUUGCGGAACAGAAGGAGGUGGAAAAGAUAGCUUCAAAAAUGAAAGAAACAAAGAGGAAAAAGUCUUUUGAGAGCUUGAAAUUGGUGGCCCAAAAUAUAACAUUCAAAAACUAUGCGCUAAAGCCCUGCCAAAACAAAAAACAAAAAAACUAUGCGCUAAAGCUGCUUGCACCAGUGACUGCUCAUUUGAAGAAACAUGUCACGCAAAAUGUAAAAGGAAGAUUGGAAAAUAUGUUGCACAGUAUAGCUGCUGGUAUUGAAAGCAAUCCAUCUGUAAAUCUGUCUGAUCUAUUUGACUUUAUUUAUGACAUUGUUGUGGAUGGCUUACAGAAUGAGAUUGGUUGGCAUGAGAAUAAGUUGACAAAAUUGGAAGAUAAGAAUAGCCGUACUAACGCAAAUUCAGGCCGUGUAGUUGCUAGUGGCUUAUUAUGCUCACAUCUGAUAACAGUGUUUGGUAUCAGAACAUUACAUAGAUGUAUGAAGGGUUUGAAACAGGGUGUGAAAGAUGAAAAUACCUUAACCUUAUUAGAUCGUUUUGUCAAGCUAUUAAGUGAUGGUUUGUACUCUAAGCACGAGGAGAUAUUGUCUGCUUCUCUUGAAUGCCUUACUGUAAUGGUAAAAUUUCCUUUACCAUCUCUUCAAGUACACGCUGAGAGAAUAAAGUCUGCUGUAUUGGAUAUUGCCCAAAGUUCAGUGAACUCUAUCAGUCCAUUAACGCAGUCAUGUUUGACAUUGCUGACUAUGCUCUUGACAAACACUGAAAUUUCUCUCACCCCGGACCACAUACAUAUACUAAUUCAGCUUCCAAUAUUUCUGGAGCUUGAAAGAAAUCCAUCAUCGGUAGCCCUUAAACUUUUAAAGGGUAUUGUCAACCGCAAGAUGGCUGUACCUGAGAUAUAUGAUAUUGUUACUAGGGUUGCUGAAUUGACGGUCACAAGUCAAAUGGAAUCUAUUCGCAAGAAAUGCAGUGAAAUCUUGUUGCAAUUUUUGCUUGAUUAUCGACUUUCACAAAAGCGCAGGCAACAACAUCUUGACUUCCUGCUCUCGAAUUUGAGGUAUGAACAUUCAACUGGACGGGAAUCUGUUCUUGAAAUGAUUCAUGUUAUUAUAGUCAAAUUUCCAAGAGAUGUUUUGGACGAGCAAUCACAGACAUUUUUUCUCCAUUUGGUGGCUUGCUUGGCAAAUGAUAAUGAUAAUAUUGUUCGUUCUAUGAGUGGGGCUGCUAUAAAGAAGCUCAUUGGUUCUGUUAGUUCCAAUGCACUCAAACCUAUUCUUAAAUAUGCUCUUUCUUGGUAUUCGGGUGACAAGCAGCAACUCUGGGGUGCUGCCGCACAGGUUUUGGGGUUGCUGAUUGAGGUAGACAAGAAUGAAUUUAUUAAACACAUAAAAUGUAUUUUGCCGGAGACAUGUCGCAUCUUGCAGUCUGCUAUACAAGCAGUCACAAACAGGCAAGAGAGCUUUGAGUCCGAAUCCAUCCUUCCACUUUGGAAGGAGGCGUACUAUUCUUUAUUUAUGCUAGAGAAGAUGAUUCAUCAAUUCCACGACUUAUGCUUUGCAAAGGAACUAGAGGAUAUAUGGGAAGCAAUAUGUGAGAUGUUGUUGCACCCACACUCGUGCUUACGCAACAAAUCAGGUUGUCUCAUAGCUCUAUACUUUGCACGUGUAACAGAUAACAACAGAGAGAAUCAUCAAAGAUCCUUAAGUAGUUAUUUUAUGACGAGUCCUAGUAGAUUAUAUUUAAUAGCAACUUCUCUUUGCUGCCAAUUGAAAAUGCCACUCAUAGAUGAUGCUGACAGCAACCUGAUGACCCAGAAUAUUGUCUUUGCUAUUUGUGCUUUAAUGAGGCAAACUUCCAGCAUAGAUCCAUCUGCAUUCUGGUCUACUCUUGAGCAAAAUGAGAAGAAUCGGUUUCUCAAAGCUUUUGACUUGAUUAAUGCAAGAAAAGAAAGAAUCAUGUUCAUGUCUUCAUCACUUACCUCCUCCGUAUGUGAAGACAAUAGUCAAGUUAAUGUAAAGAACACCCAACAUAUACUUGUAUCGUUAUUGCUCAAGAAAAUGGGCAAAAUUGCUCUUCAAACAAAUGCUAUUCAGAUGGAAAUAGUCUUCAACAGUUUUGGGAAACUUAUGGCACAGAUAGAGAUGAGUAUGGACUAUGCACAUGUGGUCCUGAUACCUCUAUAUAAAGUUUCUGAAGGAUUUGCUGGAAAAGUAGUAGCUGAUAAUCUAAAAGAGUUGGCACAAGACACCUGUGGGAAAAUAGAGAAUAUUAUAGGUACUCAAAACUUUGUGCAAGUUUAUAACCUUAUCAGGAAGAACCUGAGUUUGAAAAGAAAUAAGAGGAAACAAGAAGAAAAGCUCAUGGCUGUUAUCAACCCGAUGCGAAAUGCCAAAAGAAAAUUGAAAAUUUCUGCCAAGCAUCGUGCUAACAAAAAGAGAAAGGUUAUGACUUUGAAGAUGACAAGAGAUGGAAUCAUUGAUUGAGGGAGUGGUGUUAGUAGAAGGUAUAUGCCAUCUUGUGUCAGGGUUUUAGUGCAACCAACCAAGGAUUUACCAUCUUAUAUUAUUUGAAGAAAAACAAGUGGGUUUGGAGUUUUUGACUGAUUUAAUCUUUGUUUAGACUAAAUUAUUUAGUUUUUAAAAUAGUAAAAUAGGAUAAUUUGUUAAUUGUUAAUAUUUUUUGGAGGCACAAAACUCACUUGUAAAUAAUACUUAAAUAGUAUCAAUGAUAA